UCAUCACCCCAGAUGAUGCCUCUGGUCCUCACUGAAGCUGAGGGAAGGCCUGCAGUGAAUAGCAGCUUUUUUUCCUCCAUAAAUCCAGCUGAUGGCCAGUGCCUACUGGAGAAAUAUAGUGAUCAAUUUUCAGACUGUGACUUUGGACUGCUGGCCAACCUAUAUGCAUGUGAGGGAAAGCCUGGAAAGGUCAUAGAGGUGAGUGCCAAAAGGAGAACAGGUGAGGAGAGCCUUGUGGGUGCUCUUAGGAAGUCCAUGGAGGAGCACUAUCCUGAUAAAAGUCUGGCUCUGGAGGGCACCUUCAUCAUCCAGAAAGGGAAGGCCAAGAUCCACAUCAUGCCAAAGGAGUUCUCAGCCUGCCCACUCAACUCCAACGACAAUGUGAAUAAGUGGCUGAAACACUUUGAGGUCAGCGCACCUCUCAUCUGCCAAACCGUGAUGGUCUCCAGAGACCCUGGUUUGGACCUACGUGUGGAGCACACUCACUGCUUCAGCCACCAUGGAGAGAGUGGCCACUACUACAUAGACACCACUCCUGACACCGUGGAAUACCUGGGAUACUUCAUGCCUGCCGAGUUCGUCUACCGCAUCGACCGCCCCAAGGACACCCACGAUGUUGGGCGAGACUGAAACAUAUGACACUUGACAGUCAAAUCAAUGUUAGAAAGUCUUACCUUUUGAUCUUGAUUAUCUUACUGAAUCAAUGGUUGAUGAUCAUCUACAAAAUAUCUUAUAUUAUGCAUGAUCAAAAGGCAUUAGCUUUGAUGGUUUUACAACAAAGACCAAAUUGUUUUAGUAAAGACAAUACUGUGGACCUAAAACUAAAAGUUUUGAACAAUAACUCAGAAACAUUUCAAGAAUCGUUUGAUAAAAAUGCUUUUGAUUCAAAUAAUUCUAACAUUUCAUUAUGUUGUACUUUAGGGAAUUAACUACCUGUCCAUAAUUUCUACGAUAAAACAGCA